GGCCGGGUGUCGUGAAAAUCGGAACACAUGUGACCAAGGCAUUACGCAAAGGUAACGUUAGUAGUUUAUAAGUCGAUGAGGUGAUCAACACGCCAUGGACAAUGCAUGCACCCUACAUGUACGAAUGUAGGGUGACCUUGAUUACAUAACAUUAUUGCAAAACGGAUAGUACAUCCAGUGGACAAAUGGACUCUCCGACUCAUAGCAUGUCACAACGGAUAUUGUAUUUUGAAUUGGCAGCAUUGAUACUGGCCUUUGUCGGACGGGGCCUCUGUCUUGAUUCUGUUGGACCAACGUUGCUGGACCUUCUAGAGACCGUUAAUGGAGAUAUUGACCAGUCAUCGUAUAUCUUCAUAUCUCAAUCUCUCGGCGUUCUGAUUGGCUCACUUAUAAGUCCAAAAUUCUUUGGAAACGGCAAUGACGAAAUGCUCCUGGCUGGGGCAUGCUUACUACAGGCAGUGGCGACAUCUUUCGUAGCAAUAUUUGGCCUACUUCCGAUUAUGUGUACUGCAUUUUGCUUCCAGGGAUUAGCGAUAGGUGUCGUAGGGAUAGGUGUUUGUUCUGUUAGUUUAAAGAUAGGAGGAAAAACAAACGGACCGUCAUAUCUUCAAGCUGUAUAUCUAGGAGUUUCCAUUGGAGCCAUCGCGGGACCUAUCAUGGUUCAACCCUUCUUGUCACACCAAGUCCCAACAGAAAAUAAAAGGGAAACUGAAAUAUUUAACUUUAAUUCAACAUCUGGAAUAGUGCAAUCUAAUGUAUAUAUCAAUCCUAAAUUUUCGUCUGGUAGCAACGUAAAGUGGUUUUACGUCACGGCUGGAUUAAUUCUGCUGCUACCAGCAAUAUGUUUUUUACUAAUAUUUAUAUCGCAGAAACGGUCACGUGUUCCCGAAUCUCUGGGAGAGGACUCCAAGGUUAUCUUAACUGCAAGUGUGAGGAACCAAAGUGAAAAACAUACGAUGAAAUCAGGGAUUUCCCUUUUAUUAAUCUUUGUAUUUUCAACUUUAUAUUACGGAAUGCAGGACACAUUCGCAAAUCUACUUACUGUAUUCAGUGUUACUAGCAAGCUAAGGAUGUCUAAAAUGAUGGGAAACUAUAUGUCAUCUAUGUUCUGGGGUACCAUGGCUAUAGGGAGAUUAUUAGGGAUUGCCGUUGCAAGGAGGACAUCACCGGAGAUAAUGAUUAUCGUGGAUUUGAUUGGUUCUCUAAUCGCAUCUGGGUUACUGAUUUUACUAGUAGAGACAUCACAAUCGGUUUUGUGGAUCCUUGCUGGUAUACUGGGUCUCAGCUGGGCCUCAUUGAAUGGAUCAGUAGUAGCUUGGUCGGCCAUAUAUAUAAAACCAGACAAACACAAUUUAAUGGUGAUAUUUUUCGGAAGAUGUACAGGUCUUAUGUCACUUCCGCCGCUUGUUGCUGUGAUGUUUGACAUCAGCCCAAUGGUAUUAAUGUAUGCAUUAGGCAUCGUAUCAUCUUGUAUCGCCAUUUUGUUUUGUUUUCUCCACGUUAUAAACAUAUACCCUGUGGUCGAUAAAGGUACUCCUUGUAAUGAAGAUACGACAAAAUUGUUACAAACCGUUGAGCAUGAUAUUAAUGAUAACUAUCAAACAUUUAAGAACAGAUCGCAAGAUCCAGUUAUAUCAAGGUCGUGUGAUUAA